UUUAAGUGGGAGAGUGUUCUUCGUUAAAUCCAUAGAAUCAACUAGCAGUCUCAGAAGUAGCAGCUUCCCUUAAUUUCCCUCGAGCCUUGUUUCAAAAAAAAAAAAAAAGAAAAAAAAGAAAAAAGAACUCAACUAAUAAUCCAAAUGAACCACCAACAGCACUACAUCAACAACCACCCACUCAGUCCACCCUCAACCUCAACCAACACACCCAACUCACUCUCAAACAACACCCAGGAUGACAGCGUACAACUCGACUACCCCCCCAAAUCACCAGACGAGAUGCCCUCCUCAACCAGACUGCUCCUCUCCUCAACCUCAACCUCAACAACCUCAACAACAACAACAACAACAACCACCUCAUCCCUAUCAUCCGAACAACUGAACUACAACAAACACAAACAUGCCCUCCAACUCACAUCCAUCCCCCUCCAUCUGCCCAAACCCAAACAACAACUACCCAUCUCAUCAAACCGAAUACCUUCGAACCAACAGCACAACAGCGACCUGCUCGCUAGCUUCUCCGAAGAAUGUCGUAAGAUGUUCCAUACCGGGGAUCCGAUCGCCACCAAGAACGUCGAAUCGAUCAUCAAAAACUUGCCGGCUGCAUCCAAAGCUGCAUAUACCAAGCAGAUGGCAACCGUUCGAUCGCAAUUCCAUCGAGAUGCAGCCAGCUCAAGACGGGCCGAGGUAGACAAACUGCUACACGACACUCUGCCCUCAUCGAUCAUCAUCAAGGCCGUCGGAAACGACUCGAGUCUGUGGGCCUUACGCUCUCCCAGGGCUCGCCAAGAACGACUGGAUCGACUCAAGAAAUUCAUCAAUGCUCAUUGCGUCCGGAACAUGGUUGGCGUCCAUCCUUUCUUUAAUUCCCUCUGCGCCGUCCUUCAUCUCUUGAGCUUGCCUGCUAGGAAGUCCGGCGCUGGCAAAAGAAGAGUCGAGUGGGAGAUCGAUCUGGCGUUGUUCUGUGAGGCAGGGGGGGAGCCGUUCUUAGUAGACAGUAUCCAAUUACUCAAAGGCGUACUAGGGUUUGAGGACCAUUUGAAGCCAUUAGUAGCCUCCUCAUUGAGGAAUUCAUUUGGGACGCACAACACUAGCAACAAGAGCUAUUCAGUAGUGGAAGAUUCGGAGGAUGAGGAUGGAGCGGAAGGCUUAGUGAUCGGGCAUGUAGAUGGGGACGAUGGGAUGACGUUAGAGGAGCGACAGGAGCUGGAGCUCGACGAGGCCUACGACCCGUCGAGCGUCGGCGAGGGUCCCUUUGCGGACGACACUCGGGCCGGCGGCGAGGAUGAAGGCUAUGGACAAGCUCGCGGCCUCAAGGGUAAGACGACCCUCAGAGCGCGCGACCGGGCCCUCUCCGAUCCGUUCCUCGACCCCGCUCCGCCCGCCCGCUCUUCUGCUGCUCGUGACCUGGCCACCUCGUCGCCGAGGAUCACCGUCUCUCCUCCGGCCACCGAAGAAGAACACGAACACCAUCAGAUCGGGAAGCCCAGUCCACUCGGCUUAGGAUACCCCCAACCGCUCUCUAAUCCUCAUCAUCAUUUCCAUCACCCUUCAAAACCGAAAUCGAAAACCAAACGGUCUGCUUCUUUCGAUCAAGAACUGCCUUCGCAUCGUCGCUCACCGACUCAAAACUCAUUGGAUGCACCACCGCCCUCGGAAAUCAGACUGUUCAGAUCGCCCUCCUAUCUCACCAAUCCCGAACUCUUGGAACUCAUCUCGGUGUUCCCCAACUUCAUCAAAGUGCGGAUCAAAUCGAUCAAGUUCGAUCGGCUCGGCAUCCUCGACUCGUCUUCUUCCUCCUCCAUCAAAGACCGACACGAGAAACAUUCAGUGUCUGAGUCGGCGGCCUCGUCGAAGAGGAAGGGCUCCUCGGGACAACUCUAUCCCAACGGCCGUUCGGCCGGUCCAAGCGCGGCCCCAAACGCCGGCUUCUUCGGCCACGGCUCCAUCCAACUCUCCGUGUUCGAAAAAGACCUCGGAUGGAAAGGCUCGUUCAUCGAACGGAUCAAAAUGUUCUUCUUUAGAUUCUUCAAGUUUUAGAAACCCCCCCCCCCCAAAAAAAAAACAACACCCCCGAUGAUCUUUGUUUUCUUGGCUUUCUUGGGCAGCGGUUCUUGAGCGUUUUGGUGUCCGUCUUUUUCUUGAAUAACAUUGAGCAACAAUCACAGCAACCACCACCACCACCACCACCAAGAACAAUCAUGAAGAACAAAUCAAAGCUUGCCUUGCUUGCUGGCUUUUGGCCCUCUUUUUUUUAUUGAAUAAAUGAAUCAGUAUGUAUGUAUACUCGAAUCAAAGAUGAUCAGGCUCCCUUUUUUUCCCCCUUUUAAGUUACAAUACUGCUUAUGUUUUUCUUCAAUCAAAAGAUGCUCACACACAUAGACUCUUGUUCUCAUCUUCUGCCGGGUGGUUGAGUUUCUUCUUCCCCUUAUGAUACAUUCAAACUCGGCUUAUAUCUCUCUCUGUUUCUCUCUUGAAGCUUCCUUUUUUUUCUUCUCCCUUCUCUUCCCUGCUCUUAUUCUCUUCUCUUCUCUCUCUUUCUCUUGACUAUUAAACUUAUUUCAAACAUCUUUUUUUUUGGUUCUCCUUCUUUCUAAUAUAUCAUUGACCUCAUAUCAUCAUCAUCAUCAUCACCACCAAAAAAACUAAUCCAAUUUAAUCUAGUUUCCUUUUUUUUUCUUUUUUGAUAGAUCAACUACCUUUUUUUCUUUCCUUUUUCUUGGGCGGUUUGAUUGGUUGGUUCUUUUUUUUGCUCAAUUGAUGAUCACCUUAUUUUUUAGUUGUUUGAUGAUUUUUUUUUGUUGAUGAUGAUGAUGAUGAUCAUGACUUUUGAUUUGAUAUGAUGAGAUGGAUGUGAGAUUGAAAAUGAAAUGUGACGAGUUUCAGAUCCAGAAUA